GCGCCUGUGAGCGCGCCCAGCGCCCUCAGCACCAUGGGGCCGCGGCCGUGUGCCACCGUCAGGCGAUAAUGAGCGGACUCGUGACCAACAACAACAACGACGAGCAGCGGCACGGCGAGCACGGGCUGCGCGCCGCCAAGGGGGCCGCCGCCGCCAUGGCCCUGGCCGGGGACGCCCCCGACGAGGAGAUCGAGUACCCGUCCCUGGAGUACGAGGAGGACGUGUACUACUCGCACCGGCCGCACGCGACGCCCAGCUUCGACCUGGUCGAGGGCGAGGAUGGCGAGGACGGCGGCGACCCGGAGGUGGGCAUCCCGUCCAGCGUCGCCACGUCGUCCGCCCUGGCCGCGCGCCUGCUCGGCGAUGAGGAGCUGGACGACGCGGACGUGGACCAGUGCCUCGCGCUCGCCGCCAUGCACGGUCUCGACCUGGACGACCUGGACGUGACGGUGGACGUGGACAUGGACGCCGACGUGGGCGUCGACACGGACGUCGGCGCCUACUCGGUGGAGACUGAGUUCGUGCGGCCGGCGCGGGGCCUCCUGGGGCUGAUCAGCAAGAAGCGACGGCGCCCGCUGGUGAGGGUCACCUUCCAGGACCUCACCAAGCCCUACUUCUCCAAGAUCAGCUCAGCCAGCAACUACCGCCGGUUCCUGCAGCUCGUCAGAGAAGAGCCGUCAACAGAUAUGUUGUCACCGGACUCCGGUGUGUCUGAGCUGCAGGGACUCACCCCAGAAGAAGCUGAGAAGCAGAAGGAGGAAUGGCGCAACCAAUUGGCUGAACUUGAAAAUGAAAUUCAAAUAAUGAGAUCUGUUCUUGCUUCUAAAGUGAAGCAAUCACAAGAUCUCAAGCGCAAAUUGGGCUUCUCAGUCUGGCGAGAACUUACUGACGAUGUAUCACAAGGAUUACGAAACGUGAAGGAGUCCAAUGUGUAUCAGAGUGUAGAGGAGAAAUUUGGCCAGAUUAGCAAAGCCGUUGCAGAACAGCCAGUGUAUCAAAAGACUGAAUCCGUAGUGAAAGCUACCGCGGAGAAAACUACAUCUAUUCUUGGAGGUCUUGGAUCGGGCAUCACCAUGAAGCUAGGUCAACUGAAGAAUUCUGAGUCUUUCCGUUCUUUAGAAGAGAAAGUUGGAUCAGCUUAUGAAAAUGUUAAGAAUGCCUUGAUCCAAUAGUAAAAAUGCAGUUCUACAGAUUAGGGUAGGGAUUGGACCAAGGUUUCUACUUCCCGUUCAAGUUCGAUGCAGAGCUUUGAUGAAGCACUCCGUGAAACAGAGUACAAGAAAGGGAGCACAGCAACAACACCCACCAUUCCUGAAGAUCGACCUAUAUCAUAAUUGAAAGUCAUGUGUACGUUUAUAAAACCCUCACAAUACUUCAGAAAUGCAAAUACUUCCCACAACUGUGUAAGUGUAACUUACAGAUUCACACAGAAAUCUGUCCAUUGUCAUAAGCUCAUUCCUUUACUUUACUAUUUUGCUUUAUUCCUUUUGCCUUGUCCUUUGCAUAUUUUAUCCUACUUGGUCCCAUCAUUUGCUUGUUAAUAAUCUUAAUGGUGUGGUCAUAUAGGUAAGAGGAAUGAUGUAGCUUUGGGCCCAGGUAUGUUUGCCAACUGUGUCAGCUAAACAAAUCAAUACCUGUAUAACAAAAAAAAAGUAAAAGUACUCCGGAUUUCAUUGUAAGACGCUCAUCCACUUCGGAAAUUGUUUCCUCAAUCUUGAUGUGGAUGAAUCUGCACUGACACAAGCUUAGAACACAAGUACAUUUGUGGUACUUAAAGCUUUUCUUUUUCUUUGUUUGUACAGAUGUUUAAAUAUUCUCAGUUUUCACCCCAGUGUGACAAGCUGUAAAAUUCAUUGUAAGCAAAUGAUAUUUUGUCACUUUCUAUACAAAAUAGGUGUAUUUUGAGAUGUUAGACCAGUAAUAGCUGUAUUUGCCUCUGAUGAUUUUAUUUUAUUUUAGUAGUGAUAAUAUCUUCCCAUGUGAUUUGAAAUCUAUGUUAAUUAUUUUUAAACUAUAUGUCAUUGGCUGAUGUUUUAUGGUUUUAUUUUCAUGAUGGAAAUUCUUCUCUCUCAAUGAUAAUUGGAAGAAGUUGCUUGUCUCACCUAGCUAUCUACUUGCUUAUUUUUUUUUGUAAAAAUAAUUUACCUUGCCAAGUUUUAUUUUCUUUAUUUCAAACUUUGCACUCUUGUCAAGAGUGUGGUUGUAAAUGAAUUGGCGACUACAGUUUUCUCCCUGUCAACAAUUAAACUAAGCAGUAGCAAAA